UAUUAUUUUACUUUUUCUCUUCUUCUUCUCUCCCCCUCUCCUUUCUUUCUUUCUCUUUUUUUUUCUUUCCUUCUUUCUUUCAUAUUUCUUUAUUUUGACUAAUCUUAUAUUCCCAACAUGAUGUCGGACGAUGAGGAUAUGGAUUGUCCUCUUUGUAUGGAAGAGUUCGAUAUUGCGGACCGAUACUUCCGACCCUGCCCUUGUGCUUAUCAGAUUUGUAGAUUUUGUUGGCAUCAUAUUAAAACAAAUCUCAAUGGUCGUUGUCCUGCUUGUCGACGUCUUUACUCGGAUCAAAUUGUUGAAUUCAUACCUGUCAGUGCUGAAGAAAUCCAAAGAAGUAAACGGGAAAAGAAGGAAAAAGAACGACAAGAACGUGAAAUGAAGGAUCCUAAUAGACGUCAAUUGUCUAAUGUCCGUGUGGUACAGAAAAACUUGGUUUAUGUUCUUGGCCUCACUUCAAAAUAUGCUAAUGCUGAAAAUGAUUUUUUCAAAAAGUAUGGCAAAAUCCUUAAACUAGUAGUCAGCAAACGAUUACCCUCAUCAAGUUCUACUUCUUCUUCUGCAAGUGUUGGGAUCUAUAUUACAUAUGCCAGAAAAGAAGAUGCGGCAAAAGCUAUAGAAGAAAUCAAUGGUACCGUAUAUGAUGGCAAAUCUGUUAGGGCGUCUUAUGGAACUACCAAAUAUUGUACUUACUUUUUACGACACAUGCCUUGCCCUAAUCCAAAUUGUAUGUACCUCCAUGAAACUGGUGACGAUGCAGAUAGUUAUAAUAAGGAAAAUCUUACGGUUGGAAUGAAACAUGCAAACACUAGUGCCACUACUGGAUAUACUUACCCCAACAAACGUCCAACUGCAAGCGCCUCAACUUCAACCUCAGUUACAACUUCAUCUACAGGAGUCUCAACAACAAAACCAACACCAGCUACUUCUACUUCCGAGACCGUUAUCCAACCUGCACCUCCUCCAGUCAAAUCGGCUUGGGCACCUAUUCCCAAAGUGGCACCUCCAGCUCCUACCACUGCUUCAAGUACCAUUACGACAACAGGUACAACAUCUUCUCCAUCCUUAACUGGUCUUCCUUCUUCAACCACAUCAACUCAAACUAAUAAACAUCAUCAACAGCAACUCUCUACUUCUGGAUCCACUAAAUCGACUCACAAAAAGCAACCAACAUCUUCGUUAUCGGCAUCUCAGCAAAACAAGCAACCUCAAAAGCAACAUGUGGAAAUUGUUAAUGAUACGACACAAGAUAACAAAUCCUCCAAGAACAACAAAGUCAACAAGGAAAAUGAAAAACCAGCAUUACCAGCAUCAGCUUCAUGGGCUAAAGAGGGCAGAUUGAAUACACAAGGUGCACCAUUAACUCCUGAUCAUUUUGGACCUUCCUUGUCAGACGCUCUUACCACUCCUCAGAAACCCAAGCAUGAAUCAACAAAUCGGAAGAAGGACAAGAAGAAAGCGAAAAUGGUGUCAUUAGAGACAUUUGAAGAAUUGACGCGUCAACAACCACAACCUACAAAAUCACCAUUAUCAUCAAGUCCACUAUCGACAAAGAAGCAAGUAGGAAAAAAGGAAUUGGAUACCAAGGACACCGUUACAAAACCUGCAUGGAAUCUACCUGUCAAACCUGUCAAACCUCCUUCUGUAGUACCAUCAGCACAAUCUCAACAACCUGCGGAACCAUCUAUCCCUUUAGCAGCACCUGUAUCAACGUCUUCCUCGACAACUUUCUCUUCGUCAUUAUCAUCAUCAACGUCAUCAUUGACUGAAUCAAAAGUUAAACAGCAAACAAAGACAACGUCAACAAAUGUCAAUGAACCGGUGAAGGAUGAACUGCCCAAAGUGGAACCUGUGGUUAUUCCAACAGACACGACUACAGCAAGAACUACAACAGAAAAGGAAGCGAUUUUAGACAAUGUUGAACAGAUGAAAAAAGAAAUGCCAGUGCAUGAGGAUCAAUCGAUGUCUUUAUCAACAGAAGAAUCUCAAGAACCGGUAUCUGUUACUUCAACAGCCGAAGAACUGGUUGAAUCAAAAGAAAUGGAUAUGGAUACUAAUGAACAUUUACUGGACGUCAAUGAUAUUAUGGUGCAGGAUGAAGAAAUAGAGCAACAACAACAAAUUGAAUCACAAGAACAAGUACAACAGCAAUCUGAAGAACAACAAUAUGACAGUCAGCAAGGAUUGGAAAAACAAACUUCAAACGAUGAUGUAACUACAAUGCCACCUACUGAAGAUGUACCAAAUAACAAUGUAUUGGAAGUGAUGUUUGCAGAUGAUGUAUUGGGUAGCGUGAUGACGGAUGACAUGGCUGACAGCAACAGUGAUAUCGCCAGCGACAAUGAUGAAAUCGUCAAGGUAUUUGAUAUGACUGGUCAGCAUCAUAUGGGAUCUACUGUACUCGAAAAAGUUCAACAGGAAGGUGGAACACCAACCAUCAACAAUGAAUCACCUUCACUCUUCCAACAGCCUUUGCAACCACCAUCGAUGCCGCCAUUUUUACCUGAAAUGCACAGUCUCCCUCGUCGUAGUAUCCAAGGUCCUCCACCUGGCUUCCCUCCUCCUCCACCUGGCUGGUUACCUCGCAAUUUUGAUCUUUUCCAAGGACAAGACCCUUCAUUGAUUGCUGCUCGUCGUUUACAGCAUUCACAACAAAUGUUAGAAGCUUCUGGAUUAUUUGGUUUUGGCGGAAGACCUCCACCUCCUCAUGGUCCUCCUCUUCCUCACGGUCCUCCACCACCACCUCCACCACCAUCAUUCAAUUUCUCACCUGAUUUCCGACCUACACCGCCUCCUCAUUUUGCUAAUGGUCCACCUCCACAUGGUAUAUUCCCUACUACACCUUCUCAUCAUGGUAUGCGCCCUAAUAUGCCACCUCAUCCUGUCUCUUUACCUCCACAACAUCCAAUGAUGUCUGGUCCACCACCUCCAUCGAAUGUAUCACCACAACAAGAACAUCCAGAAAUGGCUCAAUUACGAUCUGAAUUCAACUUGAUGCAUUUACCUGGAUCUGAAACUCAACCUUUGGCAAGAACAUCUCCUCAUCCAUCUCAGCAACACGUAUCAUCACCAUUAUUCAAUACGCCAGCAGCAUCACAACCUCAAUCAACACCAUUGAAUGGAGAGUAUCAACUUAGGAAUGAUCUUCAGGCUAUGUUACCUAAUGCAAGCAUCAGCUUUGGACCGAUGGGUAAUAUGAUGAAUAGAGAAUCUUCGCCACUGCCACAGUACCAGCAACAGCAACAACAGCAGCAACAGCAGCAACAGUUACAACAGAAACAACAAGAAAGUCUGCCUAUGAUGCCUCCACCAGGAUUUCAAACAGAACAACAAUCACCUAUGGGGCAAUCGAAUACGAGACAAUUGGAUGACAUGCGACAAGAAGCUCAACACUUUUUUGGUGAAUUCUUGAAAAAAGCUGCUACACAUACCGGUGAAAAAGAACACGGCAAUGAUGCUACCGUUCCUUUCCAUGAUCCUGCAAUCAUGUCAAUGCGAGUGGCUGAACGAGAAAAAGAACUUGAAGCUAAUCAAUCAUCAUCUAUGUUCAAUUCCUCCUCUGCAUCUGCACCUCAACAACAAGACAAUGGAUUUAUGGGAAUGAUGCGUCCACCUUCUUUUGGUAUGGUACCUCCAGAACAUCAACAACAAUUGCAACAACAGCAUCACCAAUACCAGCAACAACAACAACAACAACAACAACAAUUUCAACAACAACUUCAACAACAACAUAAUGGUAGAAUGAUGAUGCCUCCACCUGGAUUCUUUGAUAGAUUACCUCCACCCGGAAUGAUGGGGUCCCCUAGUAAACAACAACAAUCUGACGCAUUUUUACAUCAACAUCGUCCUCCACCUCCACAUCUCUUUGGUCCUCCUAUGAAUCAACAUCCUCAACAUUACCAGCAACAGCUACAGCAGCAGCAGCAGCAACAACAACAACCAUAUCCACCAUUCUAGUUUGAAAAUCCAUUUCAUUUAGUUUUUAUCCUUUUUUGAUUUUACUGUUGACAUUUUUUUUUUGCC